AUGGCCAUCAAACUCGGCCUGGAACGGAUCGGCCGACUGCUCGAAUGUCUGGCGCACCCCCAGCUCCGGAUCCCGAUCAUCCAUGUGGCCGGGACGAACGGGAAAGGCUCGGUGUGUGCGUACGAGGCGGAGAUCUUGCGGAGCUCAGGAUACCGGGUCGGCAGGUUCACCAGCCCCUUCUUGCUCGAUCCCACCGACUCCAUCAACCUCGACGGACACAACAUCGACCGGAAGACGUUCGAGGAUACAAAAUCAAAGAUCCAGAGGCUAAUCGACCGGAACAGGAUAGACCAGCCCACCUCCUUCGAGCUGCUGACGGCCAUCGCCUUCGAGAUCUUCGCCAGACCGCAAUCCGAGCUCGAUCUUGCACUCAUCGAAGUCGGUCUUGGCGGUCAGAAGGAUUCGACGAACCUCUGUCAGUCUGAGAACACCCUGCUGAGCUGCAUCACCCCCAUCUCGGUCGACCAUCAGGCUUUCCUGGGCUCGACCAUCUCCGAAAUCGCUGUCCAGAAGGCUGGCAUCGCCAAGCCGAACGUCCCAAUCCUUCUCGCCCAGCAGUCCUUCGAAGAGGUCCGGGAGAUCGUGCGCAAUAAAGGAUCAGCCGAAUCGUGCGAUGUCUUUUCCGUCCGUCCUUAUCCGCUCCCUCAGCCUCCCAGCCAACAGCCACUUCCACCAUUACCUUUGACGCCCCUCGAGGAGUAUCUUUCGUCUUCCGACUACACUGACCGGGAUACAUCAACUCACUCGUCUCCGACGAUCGCGAACUUGUUAAGUCCUGAUGCCGGCUUCCAGCAUCAAAAUGCAGCCACUGCGGCCACACUGGCCCAGCUGCUUCGAACGCACCACCAUCCACUGAAGCUGCUGCCCUCCCUAUCUGAGAAAGUGACCGACCGAGCGAUCCUCGAAGGUCUCCAGAAGACUCGCUGGCGCGGCCGAUUAGAGCUCGUCGAGUACCGAGGCUCCCAGCUGUUACUUGACGGGGCACAUAACCGAGCGUCGGCCCAAGUGCUAGGAGACCACAUCAGCACACUCCAUCGUCCGAUCACUCUCGUCAUGGCCAUCAGCUCCCCCAGGGAUCCCGCGGACCUGAUCGAGGCCCUCGGGCUCGACAGAUCGGCCUGGCCUGUCCAGCUCGUCAGCACUACCUUCUCAGCCCCUGAGGACAUGGAUUGGGUCCACCCGGUCCCUCCCGAUCUCAUUGCCAACCACUUUCAAAACCGUCUACCCCUCCAUUCUCCUCCCACUCACGCGGCUAUCAAAGCCGUCCACUCCCCGAUCGAAGCACUACAACUCGCUGUCUCGAUGGCUAGGAAUAAAGACGAGCUCGUCGUCGUUUGUGGGAGUCUCUACUUGGUCGCUGAUGUCUUGAGAAUCGUUAAUAGGGCCGAACAACACCAGUCUAACUUCGGUUGA